AAGAUUCACCCCUCUAAUAUUUAAAUGCGCAUAUUUCAUGUUUCGAAAUGGUAGCCCUGUUUGUGGCGUGCGUAUGGUGGUUGUACACCUGGAACACACACACACACACACACACAACUGGAGUGGAAUUGUCAAAAUUCGGCCCGAAUGCUGAAAUGCGCAUGCGAUGCAUAUGGUUCACAUUACCAACACUACAUACGAGAUUGGAAUUGAUUUUUCCUUCAGUAUUGUUCAUUCUGUUGUUGAAUUUUGGUUCCCGAGAGAAAGCAGCCGAAGAUAUAUAAUUUCAUUUGAAACAAAUAGAAAAAAAAAAAAAAAUGAUUGGUUCUUUGAGUAUAUUCGCAUUAUUGGCAUCGAUAUCAUCGAUACGAGCCGCUUACAAUGGACCAUUCAUUUUGUGGGGCCGUGACGAAUUGUCACAGGCAAAAAUCAAUCCGAUGAGUCAAUUGAAUGAGAAAGUUUUGCGUGAUAUUUAUGCGGAUUCAUCAGCAAUCAUAUUGUUUGUCCGUAAUGCAUCGAGCCAUUUGAAAGAGGAUAAUUUUCCAAUAUUCAAAGAUUUACUAUCGAAAACUAGCUAUGUGUAUCUGGCUCAAGAGUAUUUAGGACUAGAUCCAAUGGAAUUUAAUCUCAAUGCCGAGGUAAUCAAUUUGGUUGGCCCCACAUCACAACAAGAUGUUGAACUGUCAGCAUUGUAUCGAGAUUCGGUCAUCACUUAUGGCGAAGGAAAAGUGCUUGGCAUUUUGGCCACCAGAUCCAAUGACCAUGAAAUUCGAAAACGAGAUGCAGUUGAACCGACACCAGAUAGCCCAUCUACAACAUUAACACCAACAACACAAGAAAUCGAACAGUCCAAUCAAACUGACUUCAUUUACUAUCCCGACGAUAAAAAAACGUACAAAAUUCUACUGUACACGAGCGCAGCGCCAAUACUCUUUGACGGUACGAACGAAACCAUUUUGAAUCACAACGUACAAACUUACAUAACAACUGACCACCGUAGUGCAAACGAAAACAAAGAAGAACAACGUACGCUCGUAGUGCGGUAUAAUUACAAAGACAAGUUGACGAUUGAAUAUGUGUUCAACAUUUCUGUUGGCUACUGGACACUAAUAGGUGCUGAUAUUGACUGGCUGAAGAUUACUAGCAACAAUACUCUCAACUUGGUUGAUGAUCGACCAUCUGCACCAUUGACAUUUUCCUACCAAUGCUCCAGACCACUUUUUUUCCGAAACGGUAACAUCUAUUUGAAAUUGGCCAAUAUUCAGGUGCAAGUGGAAGUAAAUGCGAGACGCUUCAAUGAUUCAUACUAUUGUAUUGGUUUUACGUCGGCACCGAUUUGGUCGGGUGUGGUGAUAAGUUUUAUUCUAUGCUUUGCCGUAGCACUUGGACUCAAUUGUAUCAUGGAAAUUAAGGCACCGUCUCGUUUCGAGAACAGCCGGGGCAAGCAACUUACAUUCACCGUUCAAGAAUAAGCACAAGCAAUGAAGAAAAAAAUUAAACAAACUACGAUUUAAUUUAAACAAAUUACGAUUUUUUUGAAACAGUUUAUUUUUUCGAUGGCAACCGAAGAGACAUCACGUUUUUAGUAUUGAUUUUUCUGAAAAGUUCUGACACAGAACGCACGAUUUGGUUAUCAAUUUGGUGCUAGACAUAUGGAGGUUGAAUAUUUGCAUAAAAAGGGAGCAACAAUUGUUUGCAACUUUGCAUGGAGUGACCAAUGUUCAAACUUGUAAAGCUCAUCAUCAAUUCUUGGUCAAUACUGUGGAAGUUGUUAAUUUUGUUUGCGUUCUGCUGGGAGAUACUCAUAAUUUAAAAGAAGAAAAAAACUUGGUUUUAAACCAUCAACCAAUCAUGACGCAUUUUGAACAGAAAAAAAUCAUAAUCUCGAUACAUUCACCAAAGAUAGAAUAUUUCACACAUAAUCGAAAAAAUGCAUUCGUGUUCAGCCCCUUCGCUCCAUGCAGAAAAUAAAGAAAACAAAGUCGUGAUUUUUGUUGCAUGUUUUAGAUUUUACUCUUUUCCUUGGAGUCAGUUAGCAAAUGCAGUGUGAAACCAAAAUAUAUAUAUA